GGGCUUGAAUUAGGAGCAUCGUCAGCUUUUGUCAAAUGGAAAUGCAGCUCUACAGACAGACGCUGAUGCUUGAAGACACGGCAAGCCAAUCUACCAGCCUAAUUGCUGUACGGGACAGAGCUUAGCAGGCAGGGAAUCGAUUUACAUAUAUUAGUAAGGUUUUGUAUUCGGCCUCUGUCUCAUUUAAAAUGAUUCUGCAUUAAUUCAAGACAUCAAGCAUGACUAUGUGCAAGCUUUUUCAAUGUUAACUAAGGGUAUGCAGUUUGCAGAGUGAAAGAAAUACAGCCAGGAAACAAUCUUCCACCAUGGUAAUUACUGCUAAAUGAGGCUGAUGCGAAGCUGACCUGCUGUCUGGUUAGGGGUGUGGCAGAGUGCCCUAAACACAACGUCCAAUCACAAGUCUUCCCCCAAACCCUGGGAUCAAGACUCAUCAUUGGCUGAAAGUCCCAAAUGCACGCCAGACUUUUUCCAGCACUAACUCUGUCAGCUUUGUGACAGCUUAAGAGAAGCUACUCCAGAUUCCUCUCUGACCGGUCUCAUUCUGGGACCAGAAAAGUGUCUUAUGGAUUGUACUUAAAUUCUAAUACUGAAAAGAAAGAGAAGAAAAAAUGUCUGCGUCUGGGGACUCAAGAAAUGAGUUUUCCACAGAAGAGGAUGCAGGAUCAACGCAGCUGAAGCUCGGGCGCAUGGCACAAACAUCCUGUCUUCCCUUCAGCGUUGAAGCUCUCAUGUCGGAGACGAGGCCGCUGGCUGUGACCAGCAAAGAAAAGGGAAAUUAUGAUUUGAAGGAGGAUGAGGCGCAGCGGACAGAUGAGUGCACACAAAACUUAAUAUCUAUUAAAUCAGAGCCACUGGAACAACAUGAAUUUCCCUCUUGGAUAUCCAGCUCCAUUAAGAUGUCUACUCCCCCACGGCAGCUUAGUCCGGCAGUCUGCUCAUUGAGGAAGCACAAAACCAACCGUAAGCCUCGUACUCCCUUUACCACAAUGCAGCUUCUGGCCCUGGAGAGGAAAUUUCGUCAGAAGCAGUACCUGUCCAUCGCCGAGCGGGCCGAGUUCUCCUCCUCACUGUCCCUGUCCGAGACCCAAGUCAAGAUCUGGUUUCAGAAUCGACGGGCCAAAGCCAAGAGGCUUCAGGAGGCUGAAGUAGAGAAACUCAAACUAGCAGCUGGUGUAGGCUCCAAAGCUGUCUUCUACCCAGGAUACUCAUCCUUGGGUUUUCCCCUGCACGCUGGUUCGGCAGGGCUCUAUGGACUGGGCUACUCAUAUGGCCGCACCCCUGUUCUCCCUGCUGCACAUCUGGCUAUGUACGCCUCACAGGUCGGCUACAGCCUUUUCCACCUCUCCUGAGAUGAAAAAGAAAUAUACAGACAGAUUGUGCUAAAAGGGAUGACAAGAGUGUAUCAUUAAAUCAUGCACCUUAUGCAAAACUUGUUUGCAUGUGACCUGAAGUGGACUUUAAGCUUCAUUGUUUGUCUUAAGAAGGAUUUACAAGUGUUCUGCUAUUUGCAAAAGACUAUGGAAGGAUACAGCAUCCCGAAGGUCCCUCUUUGCCAUUUGCAAACAUAAUACCAGAAUACAUAUUGUUCAGAUUGUCUUUUCUGCCCUUUUUCUAAAGUGUUUCUCACUUGUUACCCUUCAACAUGCAGGGAUAUUUCACUGCACCUUUAAAUCAUUGAAUACUCAAGUCACACAUAUUUAUUUGUAAUAGUUUUAGAGUCACAUACUUGAUGUUACAUAUCUUCAUUUUCAUUAGUUAAUAUUUUAUGUAUAUGAUAUUAAAUUGAGAUCCUUAGCACGCCCCCUCGUUUGCUGUCUUUAUUUGUGGCCUGCAUACAACACAAGGUAGAAUUGGUAACCUGGUGCGGUUACUUUAAUGCAGUUGUCUGCUUCUUUUGAUGUGGUCUUCUGUUCGUACUCAAAUUGUGUUUAGUUCUUUGUUUGGUGGUCCAUCUGCUUCUGAAAUUCAGUGGCCUCCUUUUGUUUACCACACAUGCAGGAAGAGGCUCUUUUCUUCUCAUCUCGUUUAACACGCCUCAUAUGCUUUCUUCUACAGAAAUGUUAAGGUCAGUGCAAAAUAUAACAUAUUUCAACUGCAAUUACACAAAAAUAACAUUUCCCUCGCUGAUUUCCUUCCCCUAUUCUGAAUGCAUUGUGAGCUCUACCGUCUAACUAAUACUGUCUUUGUUUCCCAGAAAGUCGUCAUUAUAUCAUUAUUUCUUUUUCUCACUUAUGCUGUUUUGGGUGUAAAUGAUCUUGUAAAAAGAUCAAUGCGUCACGAGAGAUUUUAACUUUUGAUCAUAAAUGGUUCAGUUCCAUUCUGUAUGAAAGUGAUCCUAGCUGCUUUAUUGCUAUAGAGAGGCAUCAUAAACUUCAACUUUUGGCAAGAAUUUGGAGCAUUUAGCAUCUUUAUUUUGGCCUAAAAGCAGCGCUGUAAUCUUAAAUCCCUAAAAUGUGUUAUGUCUUGUGCUCUUUUGCUGUUUGGGCUCCAAACUAUUAUGCAAGGAAAAAUAUGCUUUUUAUUUAUUUUUAACAAUAUCUUGAAUUUCUGCAUUUAUUUUUCAGGGACUCUUUGAUAUAAGAAACUUGUGUGUGACCAAUCAAACAAACUACUCAAGCUAUUCACUUUACCAAUGUGCUUCAGGGAUUUGCACUUCAAAAAUGAAAGCACGGCAUAAAAACUACAGCUGCCAGCUAAUCUCUAGCAUUAAGAAUAAUGAAGUAGCAAUUUCUAUACAUGGGUGUAUAUACAGCGGGGUGGUCCAAGGGAAGAGGUGUUGCACUCUUUAAUGAAUAUUUAUUCAGCCAAAUUUCCCCCUAAAGAUGAGAAAUUAUAUAAACAAAAAUGAAUGCUUUCAGCAAAUAGCACGUCUCACAUUGUCUUAAUUGUAAACAUGUGUUUUCAUAUUGCUCUUGGAUCUCACAGAGGUAGAGAUUUAUUUGCUUGAUGUGAGCCUUAUUUUUAAACUGUAUACUUUAAAUGAACUCUCUCUGUGAACUUUCUAACACAGCAUUAUAGCAGGCUGUCCCUUUGCAGCCUGUAGUUUAAUUGCGCUUGUCUCAGAGUUCUGACUCCAAAACUCUGUGAAAUUAUAUGUGCAGACUCAGUGAUAACAGAACGGGGCAUUACAUGGUCUCUCUGUCUCUGUGCCUCUUUCCUUCACCAAACUUGGAGAAGUCUUGUUACCAUUAGCACAUAUUUCACAGUCCAUUUGCUCCCCUCCAUUUUGAAAUUAAACCCGGCAUUAAGCUGAUAGGAAGGCCCUUAAUAGCGUUGACUGGCCACAGUCUCCAGUUUCAAAUGUUUUCAGCGUGAAACUUAGGCAGAAGAAAUUAUCACAGCCCAUUUGAGAUCGGAUAAAGAAACAGAGACGUUAUGUUUUAUAAUGAAUAGAUACAUUAACAGUAAUCAUUAUAAACACCAAAUGUAAAUGAAAAUCGCCACAAGAUAGAUGUGCAAAUUUGACAAAGCAUGAUGUUAUUUUCAUGGAAAUGUGCCUUGAGGGUUAUUUACAUUCUUACAAAGCUAAUUUGAGUUUCUUGGGUAAUUAGCGAGGGCUCGGGUCAUACAGUCUUUCUAAUAUCCUCAGCCAAGAGAGCAAAGGGUCAAACACUUCACAUGUUAAAACAAUACUCACAUAUUUAUAUAUGCAUUGAACUUUUCACUGAAAUACUCUUUUUUUUGUAUUAGAAAUUUAAAGGAACCUACAUUUACAAUUGCUUUAACCCACCGCUGUCAGUUUUACCCUUCAUAGUUUACAUUUAAGUGUGUUUGGAAGACUUUUUUUAGAGUCGGUAUGAAUAAGAGAAUAUGAAUACAAGGGACACAUCUGACAACCAAACAACCAAUAACUCUGAUGAUGCACUGGUAGACAAACAAGACUAUAACCUCUAAAGGUCUGCAUAUUGCUUUUAAUUACUUAAUAUUUUUGUGAAGUAAAAUCUAAUGGUCAACAUCCCCCUGAGACCCAGUAUAUUCACUAUGUUUAACACUAUGUUCUUUCAGUUUAACAAAACAAGUU